UGACAAGGCUUGUUUAAUAGACCAGUAUUUCCAUCAGCUCACACAGACGCUUUAGCAGAGGGAAGGUGAAUGUCUGCUGUGAGGUGGACAGAUUUAAUCCAGAGAUCACCAUGGAUUCAAGAAAGCCGAGUCCUUUACAACGCAAGCCAAGUUUGAUUCAGCAAGGUCCUCCAAAAAGAUUCCGUCUACAUACAGAGAGGAAAAUACUUGAUGAUAACGGGAAAGUCAGAAAAUGGACUUACGGUACAAAAGACGCCAGUAAACAAAACAAAAUCCUUCUGCUGGUGGGAGAGACCGGUGCUGGAAAGACCACCCUCAUCAACUCUUUCAUCAACUACCUAAUGGGAGUGAAGUUUGAGGAUGAAAUAUGGAAUGAAAUCACAGAAGAAGAAGCCAGAGAUCAGUCAGAAUCCCAAACCUCUGAAAUCACCAUGUAUGAGGUGUUUCAUGUGAAGAGCUCCAUUUCUCUCACCAUCAUUGAUACUCCAGGUUACGGAGACACUAGAGGACUGGAGAAAGAUCUGGAGGUUGCUGAAAAUUUAGCAUCUUUGUUUCAAAGCAACGAUGGGGUUCGAGAAGUCGAUGCUGUGUGUUUUGUGAUUCAAGCGGCCAAGAAUCGUCUCUCAGACAGACAACACUACAUUAUCAGCUCAAUUCUGUCUCUGUUUGGGAAAGACAUUGUGAACAACAUUGUGUUUUUAAUCACACACUCUGAUGGUCUUCCUCCUAAAAAUGUCCUCGGUGCCAUUAAUAAAGCUAAAAUCCCCUGCAGACGAGACAAAAAUGGUGAACCUGUUCAUUUCCUGUUCAACAAUCGUCAGGGUGAACCUCGUCACAAUGAGAAACGCUACAUUCGUGCCCAAAGAGACGCCUGGGAUGACAGUAUGGAUGAGAUGAAAGGAUUCUUCGACUCUCUGGAUGAAAAGAACAGAAAGAGUUUAGAGUUGACUUCAUAUGUCUUGAUUGAGCGCAUUCAGUUUGAAGCAUUUAUCUGCAACUUUCAGCAGAGAAUCCAGGAGAAAGAGCUGAAGAAGGCUGAGAAACUUCAGAUUUAUGAAGCAAUGACACAGAACAAGGACAAGAUUGCAGAAUCUAAAAAUUUCAGCAUUAGAGUCAAAAAGACUGUCAAGAUUCAAGUGCCAAUUGAGAAUGCGUCAUGGAAACACAGAAAGGCGACGACCUGCACGGUCUGUGAGGAGAACUGCCAUGAGUUUGACUGCUGGUGGGUUACUGAUCCCAAGAAUUGUGAAGUCAUGAGAAACGACUACUGCACUGUGUGCACAGGGAAGUGUCACUACAGCAAACACGUCAAGGAGAACAAGAAAUACAUCAUCAGCACGUCAUACAUUAUGAUGGAGUUUGAUGAUUUUAGAAAGGAAUAUAAAAAAGCUGAAGAACAGACGAAGAGGUUUUCAAUUAUAAUGGACGAUCUUGAGAAAGAUCUACGGGACAUUGAUGACCAAAAGUCAGUUCUUCUGUUCAAUGCUUACAAAACCCUCAAGCAUCUGUCUCAGAUCGCUCUAAAACCAGACUCUGCCUUCACUCUCCAGCAUCUGGACUUCUUCAUCCCCAGAGUGAGAGAGGCUGGGAAAGAAGACUGGGUUCGGGAACUGGAGGAGAUGAGGACAAUUGCGGUAGCCGAAGAAGCCAAUAAAGACGCUCUGAGUUACCUGAAAGCUGGACUCACAAAACUCUUCAUCAAUGAGAAAUGAACAAAAAAAAAAAAAACAAGUCAACAGAUGAAAUAGUAAAGAUAAGGAGACUGCUUACAGUGAGAAUGCAGGUUAUGUUCUGUAGAUCCCUUUUAUAGUUCUUUUAAAUGGUAAUGCACUCUAGUCAAACAUGCUUAUAAACUACAAUAUGGAUGAAUACUGGGGUACCUGAUGGUGGCAUCUGCUAACACUCAAUUUUUCAAUCGUGCUAUUGUUGUUUGAGCAUUUUUACAUUUCAUCUUCACUAAUUGCUGGGACCUUUAAUUAUUGCCUUUAUUAUAAGACUGCCCUCAGAUUUUGUUGCCUGUUUUUAUUUACAUGAAUUGCAUUAAGCAUUGCAUUUGCUACAAACUUUUUUUGUAUUAAAGGAAGAGGCUGGAACGUUCAGCAAAUUGAACAAUAAAAAAAUAAAUAAAAAGAAAAUAAAAA